CACCACCAUCUCUUUGCUGCUGCUCUACACUCAACGCGGCUGAGAACAUUGAAAAUCAAAAAUUAAUUAGCAAUUAGCUAACUUAUAAAUUGUACUGAAAACUGAUCAAUUUGAGUACUAUUCUCCAGUUAGUCCACCAAUGCACCUAAAUCAGUUCUUUUUAAUACAGAGAUUCGUUAUCAUCUGAAGAACUGGAUAACAAUUUUGUCAAGUUGUAUGUGAUAGUGGUCGAAUAUAGCGAAUGUUGUAGGGAGAAUAGACGGCCGCCAGUGAUUGAUUUAAAAGUGAACAGUGAAUGGUAAUUAAAGUGACAAUUUGACUUCUGGACGCAGUUUGUUGAACUUGUUGUUUUUGCUAAAUUGAUAUGAUAGAACUCAACAGGUCAGUGUACACAGCCAUUUGCUGCUGUGAACAUUUAGAAUUGAAUCCCGUCGUACAUUUAAGUUCUGCUCAUCGAAAUGAAUGCAACAAAUGAAUCGGAAGGCGAGAGUAACAUUGCACCCCCGGACACUGACACCAACUGUAUUUAUGUGUGUUUGGAUGGAAACUUUCUUCCGAUAAGGUUUGGAGUAUUCGAUAAAAGUGACGCAUCUACUCCUGCACAGCUUACCUUCAACAAUCAAGAUCCAAUCUACUACACAAUUCAAUCAAACGCUGAGGAGGAAGGAGCAGAAUUUCCUAUAACUGAUCUUCAACAAGUUCAGCAACUUACGAUAGUUCAGCAGGAGGAGGCCCAUGCUGAUUCAAUUAAGUUGGGAGAGGAGAACGAGGAAUUGUUGGACUUUGAAAUUAUUUCUAGAGCCAAGCUCUAUGGGUCAAGCCCUUUAGCAGAGACAGAUAUCAGUGUAUCACUAUUGAACGCAAUUGCUGCAACAUCGUCGGAAAUUUCACCAAUACAAGUUACAGCGAGGCUUCCUCAACGCACUGAAGAAGCUCCAGAAACAUUGAUUUCAGUCAAUGUUCUUACCCAAAAUCUGGGAAAGUUAUCAAAAGUAGAAUUUUCUUGUAAAAAACGCCAGGUGUCAAGCUUCACUGUUCUAGACGGAGUGCAAACUUAUUGGGGAUCAAGUGAGGCUGACGUCGUAGUUGAUGACAAAGUCCAAAAUAUUCCUUGGGGAAAAAUCACCCUUAGCAAAAACAGUUUACUAAUAAGACAUCCUGCGUUGAGGUACAACCCUGAUCAAAGUCCUGUGGAACGUCUUUGCUUAUUCCCAUCUCAAACAAAAACCAAUCCACACAGUUUGGUUGCUGGUGUAAUAUCCUAUUCUCCGAAUGGAUUGUUUAUCAAAAACCGGACAUUAGGACCAGUAGAAAGCUACAUUACUGAUUUUAACGUAUCCGACAUGAAUCCCGAACAAGUUCCAAGGUUCGAUAAGCGGAAAAAUUUUCAAGUUCAGUUGGUUCAAGUACAACAAGCGACAGUAUUACCCAACACUCAUCUUGCAAACAUGCCCCCAUUGGUUCUCAGUAAUCCAUUUCGUUUGGUAUACGCUAUAAAUCCAAAGUUUUCGCCACCGCGACCAUCCCCCUCCUCUACUGGUGGUAAUAAUGCUAUUUGUGUACAACACACGAAUGACCACAUAAUUGGACAAAACACGACCGCAGCCGCGGCCACCUCCCCCUCGUAUACUUUCGCAUCCACAUCAAAUUCCACACAUCCCCAUGCUAAUAUUAUUGAAGCUAAUCUACCACAAGAUACAAGAGCAAGAUCAUUCAAGGUCGCCAAAGUAGCAAAAGCAAAGCCGUGUAGGAAACAAACAAACCAACCUACUAUAAAGAAAGCCAGGCUAAACCAAAGUCGAAAGAGGGCAACAAAAGUUGCUUCUAGUUCUUGUAAUUCAGAGUUUUCAAAUGUGUCCGUUCUCAAUGGACUCGAGACACAAACUCGAACCGUUAACAUGGAUAGUGCAACUGUGUUGUAUAAUAGCAAUUCGUAUGAUCCUAGUUCAACAGUAAUUCGUGGGUCACCUGUUAUGAAUAAUAGCGGAACAUUUCCUCAACAAUAUUUGCUUAUGCCACAGUCAAGUUUAAGCGUUUCAGAAGGCAGUGUUCAGCAGCAGCAGACCACCGCGGGAGCUGGACCGUAUAACUCCAAUCACCUAAUCGUAAGCAGCAUGCAAAAUCCAACUACUAUGCUAUACUCUCCCGAGAGAAACUUUCAAGCUUACUCGACCAAUAUUCAGCAACAAGCAGGAUAUUCAUCCCUUGGCCCAGGUUCAGUCUCACCUUUGAACAGCAAUACCACUCAAAUACUGGGAACAACGUGUAAUUUAGUAGGAAACGUUGCAAACAUUACCGGAAAUAUGAUUGUUCGUUCUCUAAAUAGCAAUAGUCAAAACGCAUCGUAUGCUAUAUCAUCUACGAAUUCAUUUCAAGGAAAUUCUUCUCACAUUCCCGCACCCUCAAGUACUACUAGUGUUCGCCAGCCAAUGUUUACUAAAAUCCAAGUGAACAACAUUCAUAAAAAUGGUAGCCAGAUGCAAUUAGGUCCUUCCGCAUUUAUCUCUGCUACUCCACAACGACAUCAGGUCGCUACGUCACCAGGUGUUGACCAUCCAGCCAUGUCCAUAAUAAAAACACAGUUUAUUGCUUCUCAGACUCAGCCCCCUUGUUCAUCAACUCAAACAGCCCCUAUUGGUCUUCAAUCAUUGGUUUUAGUAUCACCGGAAAAAAAGACAGACCAGACAGUUGAAACGAAACCUACGCCAUGUGAAAAAUUCUCAAGAGAACGUUUCAUUGAAGGCCAUGAAGCCGUGUGCCAUAACUGCGGCACACGAUCACGGGACCUACACUUCUGUGAUUAUUGCAGAUUCAAAAUGUCGCCUGAUGCUAAACUUGUUGCCCUUGGACCAAACUCCAAACCCAACAUUGCUGAAUCAACUGUGAAAAAGGUCACAAACUCACCAGCAAUUCAAAAGCGAAAGUCGAAGAAGGGGAAAAGAUCCGAAGAGUGCAUCGUUUUAUCAUCUGACGACGAAGACCAACCAAAGCCAAAGGUUUCAAAGUCAGAAACUAAAUUGGACGCUUCUUCGGUGUCCAACAAUUCUACUUCGGCAGUGGUGAAGAAAGAAUUAAAAAUUAAUUUAAGCCAGCCUUGCUCUUCCACUGCCUCUGGUUCAAACGUUCAACGUCCUGCAUUGCAUAGUCAAGAAGAAGAAGAGGAGUAUGCGAAACUCAUUAACGAAAUCCAAGAAUCGUUAAACGCAUCGUCAAAGGAGACGGUGGUCAAAGUAGAAUGCCGUUCUGUGAGAGUUGGUGACUACAAAUGUUCCAUGCCCAGCACUACGGGUGCCAUUGUGUAUCAAGUUAUCUUCUCUCAAAAAGGAAUAGUCUUCACCUUGCCCCACGCUCAAGCUAAACACAAAAUGGUAACGUGUGUCGUACCUAUGGACACCAUACUUAUGGUGGAAGCUCACUUUAAGAAGAAUCUGCCUGUGCUAUUUAUGGCUACCGGAUUAAAGCUUGCUAGCAGCCUGCGGAAAUCACUAGGACUUAGCGAAGAUUCGAAAGACUUGGGAUAUCACUAUGGCCCACAGGAUGGAGACAGGUGCCAGAAACGGAUCGUCUUUCUCUUUACUACCAUUACAGAACAAGCAGUCGGGAUCAUCGUCAAAAUUUUUGGAAGAACCCUUUCUGAAAUUGACAAUCCGAAAGCAAAUCAAAUUCUUUGUGAUAUCACAAGAGAUCCUCAAAAUACGUCUAGCAAUAGGGUGGUUUCUAGUGGAAAAUCAAAGCUCCAUGAGCAGUUAUCAUCUACAAGUGUUUCCACGGCAGAAAAUACGGUUGUACUAGCAUCUAGUCAGGUUGACUGUAGUGAGAAUAAAACGCUCUUGAGCUACCAAGGGAUUUCGGUUCUUCAAAUGGACGUUUUAUGUUUAGCAGAUGAGCAAUUCCUGAAUGACUCUAUCUUAGAUUUUUGGCUAAGAUAUAUUGAACAUGAACUCCUCUCCCCUGAGGAUAGAGCGAGGACGUACAUUUUUUCAACCUUUUUCUACAAGAGAUUGACAACGAGACCUAAGAAACGCCCAAACAGUGCUAUCGAAGAAGACCCUACACUUUCUGCAUCAGAAAAACGACACAGCCGAGUUAAGCGAUGGACGAAAAAUGUUGAUAUCUUUGAGAAAGACUUUUUAAUAAUUCCCAUUAAUGAAAGCCUGCACUGGUUUCUGGCUGUAAUCUGUUUUCCUGGCUUGCUAGGAGUUCAUGACCUAAUAACUGGAGAACCUCUUCCCAAUUAUAAUCAGAAAAGAAAACGUGCAAAAGUAAAGACUGAAGACAAGGCGCCUGAGUCGGAACCACCUUCUAAUGGUUGUUCGAAUAACGGUAACAAAGAGAGUUCUUCAGAAGUGUUGACAGAAGAUAUACCUGGUCAAGACAGAACUGAAAUAUCUAGAGCUGUGAGAGUCAAGAAACCAUGUAUUAUAGUAUUUGAUUCACUUGCCGUCGAGGCCAGAGGACGUGUUUACUCGACACUUAGGGAAUAUUUAAGGAUGGAGUAUAAGACUCGGAAACUCCAGGACCGCGAUUUUACUAAAACCUCAAUGCCAGGAAAUAUGCCCAAAGUUCCUCAACAGCCUAACCAUUGUGAUUGCGGAAUUUAUACUUUGGUCUACGUCGAAUGCUUCUUCAAGCGCCCUCUUUCGACAUUCGACAUUUCAACUGACAAAGCGACAAUAUGGCCCGAUGAUGAUAAUAUGAAACGGUUAUGUUCGACAAAAAGAGAAUCUAUUUACACAUCAAUACAAGAAUUAGUAAAGUCAACAAAUCCAGACGCUAUUGACUGGAUCCCCAGACUCACGUUUACCCUACCUCCCAUUUCGAAGAUUGUGAAAUCUCACCAAGAUUUGGAGACCGGCUCUGCUACCAUCGAAAGUGUGCAGCUAUCGAAAGAAAAUUCCAUCAAUAUUAAAAAGGAGGAGGAGGACACGGCCCAACAAUUUGAUGCUCCUCCGAUUUUUGAAACUACCCACCAUCAUGCUAAUUUACAACCUAGUACUGUAGAGUCCGCAAGAGCUAGCCCUGCGGACAAUGACCAUGAUCACGAUUAUUUUGGAGUUCCUCCAAAUAAGUAAGACUGUACCAAGAGUGCGUCCUUGUGCAUUGCCCUCAGUUGUUGGUAACAUUAUACGGAUUGUGUGAUAAGCUUGCUAAAUAUGUGCACACCAAUAUAAACCCUUCAUGCAACAUAUUUAUAUACAUCCAUCAAUUUGUAUACCUAUUACAAAUCUAACUAUACAUAUAUAUGACGUAGUCUGUUUUUUAUUUAUUUUGCCACUAUUAUACCAAACUAAUAGAGAAUUGUAAUACAUAUAUCACGGGUCUCGUCUAUCUCUCUCUGUUGUUGUACCAAAAUGUAUCUUGUAUACCUGAUUGAAUGAAGUUUAAAAUUGUGCAUUGCCAUUACACAUUGAAACUGGAUUAACUGACACUGUACAUUAUUAAUAAUGCGUGGAUGGCUUUUAGUAAUAAUAAAGUUUUAAUAAUAUAGUCAUA